UCGAUAGCUCUUUACUUUAUUGCCUUUUUGUGGCGUCUGUUUCAAUUUGUUUGUUUUCAAUUGUUGGUCAAAAUUUGGCUGCAAAAUGAAUAGACGCAACAAGCGGACGUCGUAUUACCAAUACGAAGUAUAUCUGGACUUCAUGGAGGACAAUCCCCUGAUGUCGCUCAACAAACUGAGUCGCACCCAGGACGGCAAAAAGUGGAAGGAGCUCAGCGAUCUGCUUAACAAGUGUCCCACGGGUCCAACUCUGUCACCUGAGGAAUGGCGAAAGCGCCUCAACGACUGGAAGAACAGCACACGCUCCAAGUACCGACGCAGCAUCAAUACGGAUGACAAGAACAGUGCAAUGACUCCUCUGGAGAACAGAGCUCUGCAGAUUUUCUCCUCCGAGGCGAAUUCUCGGGAGGCUUUAACACACCCGGGCCAUCAGGAACUGGUGGAGGAGCCUCUGGAGCACGAGGAGCAGGAUGAUGAGGAGCCCGAUGAGUUCGAUGAGCUGGAGGAGGAGGAGGAGCCGUACCAGGAGUUUGAAGCAGAGCCUCACGAGCAAACCAACCCAACGGUGAUCAAUGGUCAUAGUGCCGCAAAAAGGCUUAGGCUUGAUGGCGCCAGCGAGAUCAUCUACGAAGUCACAAAUAUAACAUCGCAAGAAUCCGUCGCAAAAGAACCGGCUGUUAUCUAUGGAAAUAAAAUCGAGGAGCAGCUGAAACGCAUUUCGGACAUACACGAGGCCUCACUGCACUUCAAGAUAGCCCGCUUCAAGUACAACAAUCCCGGAUUCGAAUACGUUCCGGAAUUAUAGCCCAGUUCGAUCUGCUAGCCAUGCACAUGGAGCACUACAAAAUGUGAGCUUAGAGGGACCUGCUAAUUCCGCCACGAACUAAAAGUCGAGAAACUUUCAAUGAGUAGACCAGUACGCAUUCGUUGAAAGUUCACCAAACUAAUUCUUGAGUAGUCUGUACAUUAUACCAAUUAGUCGUUCUUAAGGCUGUUGUUAUGCAUAUCGUUCGACGAAAUACUUUUCGCACAUAUUUUUUGAAAUGUAUUAUUGAAUUUUAUGAAACCGCUAAUAAAUAUU